GAUUACUGGGAAGAAAUGGAAGCUCUACUUGUAAGAAAGCUGGGCGACCCAACUCUGCCACCAAAUGCAUCGGAGAAUUCGUCACUCGAUCUCUCAACCUCCCACCCUAUACCUAAUUUGGAAUCGCCAACCUCCGUUAGAGUUCGAAUCAAAGCCGCCAGCUUGAAUUUCGCAAAUUAUCUCCAAGUCCUUGGCAAAUACCAAGAGAAACCUCCGUUACCCUUCAUCCCUGGCUCCGAUUACUCCGGCGUUGUUGAAGUCGUUGGCCCUAAUGUCACUAAGUUCAAAAUUGGAGACCUCGUUUGCUCUUUUGUUACCCUUGGCUCAUUCGCUCAAUUCAUCGUCGCCGAUGAAUCCGACUUGUUUCAAGUACCUGAUGGGUGUGAUCUAGUUGCAGCUGGUGCACUUCCUGUUGCAUAUGGGACAUCACAUGUGGCACUGGUGCAUAGAGCGCAGCUGCGUCCCAAACAGGUUUUACUAGUGCUUGGAGCAGCUGGAGGCGUUGGGAUUUCGGCGGUACAAAUCGGGAAGGUUUGUGGAGCGACAGUUAUUGCAGUGGCUAGGGGAAAUGAAAAGGUGCAGUUUUUGAAGUCCUUAGGUGUUGAUCAUGCAGUAGACUUGAGCAGUGCAAAUGUCAUCGAAAGUGUCAAGGGCUUCCUGAAGUCAAGAAAGCUCAAAGGGGUCGAUGUCUUGUAUGAUCCAGUCUGGGGGAAACUUACAAAAGAUAGCUUAAAGCUAUUAAAUUGUGGGGCACAAAUUCUGGUUAUUGGAUUUGCAAGUGGGGAAGUACCUGUCAUCCCAGCCAACAUUGCGUUGGUGAAGAACUGGACAAUUCACGGACUGUAUUGGGGAAGCUAUAAGAUACAUCAACCCAAUGUGCUUGGAGAUUCUCUGAAGGAGCUUCUAGCUUGGUUGUCUAAGGGUUUGAUUACAGUCAACAUUUCUCAUACAUUCAGCCUGACAGAGGCCCAUCUUGCUUUUACUGCACUCAAAGAUAGGAGAGCAAUUGGCAAGGUGAUGAUAACAUUUGAUGGUGGGAAAAUCGUCAAGUCCAAGCUUUAAUUGUAGUGAUCGACUCGGAAUGAGACGAGGUGCACAAGAUUUUCCUGCUGCGUGACUAUCAAGAUUAUGCACCAUCCUAUGGCUUUUUGUCACAAGGAGGUACUGCAAUCAAUAAAUAUGUGGAGCUUGUAUUUUGUAUUUAUGAAAGAAAGAAAUAUAAGGUAAUAGAUGUUAUUGCAACGUAAAAAUAAAUGUACAUGAAAAUUUGAGUGAAACAAAGUAAAAUCUAGUUUGAGUAUUACUUCUUUUAUGUUCAAAAAGCAUUUUCAGAAUAUAAUGUCCUAUCAUAAUUCAAAUCACAUUCUAUCAUGUUGCAGCAUAUAAGUAGUUCAGCCUUAGAGUAGAAAUUUCUAUCUCAAUCUAAAUAAUGUUACUUCCUAA